UGAACGCACCUUCUCAAGGCCAGUAAGAUGUGUUGUAGAUGACAACAGCUGGAACAGCUGUGCAACAAUGGAUGAAGGCCACUCAGUGCCAGCUGGGGAUGGGGCUCAGCAGCAGAGAGGGGCACCAGUGCCGGAAGCUGAGGGAUUGCCAUCGUCAGGGAGAAAUGUGGUCGAUGUUGAAAGAAGUGUCAACUCCCACACAGUCUUGGCAACUUUUCCUGAGAGUGAUGCAGAAGGCCUGGGGUCUGCCAACCACAUCCAGGUCCAGCUGCUGGAUGGCCAGGUCAUCCAGAUCACAUCAGCUUCCAUUGUGGAGUCAGAGAUGCAGGAAAGCGGUAGUGUAGGAUCGCGGGGCAGCGGCACUCUGAGGAAUGCCAUGAGCUCACCAAGGGCUGAAGGCUCAAGUGGUGCCGUCACCCUGCUGACCACCGAUGGAAAGACAUACAUCUUGCCUCAGCCUUUGAGCUCUGAGGUGGAGGCAGCUGGGGGAUACCUAAUCACAGAGGAGGUCCUGAGCACGGAAGGGGGGCGGUCUAGUGAGAUCCUACAACACCACCCAGUCCUGACCAUCCCUUCCCCGUUGGCACCACUGCCAUACCCCACACCAACUGGGCGCCAUCCUGAUGCCCUGGCCAUUGCUGCAAGUGAAGUCUUUAGUGAGAACUAUUCGGGCCUUUCACUAGAGGCAGGAAAUGGCUAUGAAGAAUCAAGAGCUUUCCAGAUUCAUGUCAAAGUUCCUGAUGAAGGGUUCAAGGAGCAGAGCACAGAGGAAAAUGGUCAGGCAUAUUCACAGCAGAGGCUUUGCACGCAAAAGGAAGUUGGAGAGUUCUCAGACUGCAGCAUCAUCACAAUCCAUGCACCCACUGCAGAGGAGAGAGCAGGAGAGAAACCCAUUAAACAUUAUGAAGAAGCAGCUCCUAAUGAUGUACAUGAGAGAUCCAAUGAACAGCUAGCAUGCAGCAACACAAGGGAGACUGACCCUGGAAGCCACACCAGAAAGGAGCAUCUCUUGAGGGACAUUGAAGAUGGCAUUCAGGAAUUUGACUCAAGCAAUUACUCUGCUCUGUAUUCCAAGCUGUCAUCAGAGCAGGAGUCCAGGAUCCAUGUAACUCCCAUUCAUGCCAGUGCUGCCUCCAAGGGGAAGAAGGUCAGCUGUGAGAAAGCAGUCACAGAAAAUGACAGAAAGCAGGAAGAUGAAAGUCAUGAGAAAAUCCUGGAAGACCUCCAGCCUCUGUCUACAGAGGUUGGACAGUCCUGUGACUCAUCUGUUGGGCUCUGGGCCACAGGGAGAAGGGAAGACAUCCCAGGAGGCACAGUUAAAGAUGACACCUCUUCGAGGGAAAUUUGGUUGAAGGGGAACAGAGAGCAAGAUUUUGCCAGUGCUAUGCCAAGUCUGGUGCGAGUGAAAAGCUAUGCAGACAUAGGUAGCAGUUGUGGUAAUAGGAGUUUCUCAGAGGUACUUGACACUCAUGCAGUAAGGAGUGAGAUAGACAGCCAUGAUCCACAGGUCAUGAGUAGUGGGAACACCACAGAUUCUGUUCAGAAUGAUGUAAGCCAUAUGCCAGAUAGGGCAGGAUCAUUCACAGGUGCUAAUAUUAAUCCUAGUGCCAGUGAUGACUUAUCUAAACCAUGCUCAGCUUAUGACAGUAGGAUACAUACAGAUCCUGGAGACCCCAGUUCUGCAGUGCACAGUGUGUGUACAAGCAAUGAAGAGGAAUCAGAAAAAUACAGUCUAGCUGAAGGAUCUUUUGAGGAGGCAGAUGAUCUCAGCAAUCUCAGUGACAUAGAUACAAAGGUGCGCAGAUCUGCUCGUCUCCGGAAGAUAAAGGAACAGAAGAAGAGAGCACCGAGUGAGGACCCCCCACACCAACACCAGCUUGCCGAACCUGAUGCAAAGAGGGGCCGACCUGCAGGGAGGAGUGACCAGAAGACUGUAUUCUGGGAGUGUGAUAAAUGUGAUGCUAUGUUCAGGACCAAGGUAAGCCGAGACCGCCACGUCCAGGAGGACCAUGUCUUCACAUGCUACAUGUGUGGGUGGCAAGGCAAGAACAAGACCAAGUAUGAGGUCCACAUCUCCUCGGUGCACUGCAGCCAGCAAGCACGAUGCCUUGCUUGCAGGCUCCAGAGUUAUGAGGCCUACAAACAGCACAUGAAAACAACACAUUCUGUAAAUACUGAUAUAGACAUCAAGACAGAGGCAGAAGAAAGGCCAGCUGGAGGGGAACCAGACUGUUCUAGGGCUUCCCAGUGUGAGGAUGGAAGCGAUGGGAAGACGAACAAACUCCUGUCUGACGAUGGAGGGCUAGAGAAGUCAGAUGCCAGUGACUCAAAAAUUACGCUGAAUGAGGAUGAGGCUUUCACUGGAUAUGGGGAGAAGAGGUGUCCUUAUUGCGGCAAACAGUUUCAGCGUCGCAGUCGACUGCUCAGGCACAUCAACUAUCAUCUGGAUAAUCGCAAGUUCACAUGUGAGUACUGCACCAAGGCAUUUGUGGAGAAGAGCGGGCUGGAUGCUCACCUGCUCACCCACCGCCCCAUCAACAAGUCAUGUUCUGAGUGCGGAAAGGUCUUCAAGACACGCAGAACCAUGAAAAGGCACCUCAAGACACACCAGAAUGUAGUCCACUCAUGUGGCGUGUGUGGGAAGCAGUUCCGGCACGAGGAGUCCCUCAGGAUUCACAAGUCGGUCCACAAAGAUGGGGGGAGUGGUAAUGUCUGCAGCCUUUGCAAGAAAGACUGCAAGACCCCAUACUACUUGCAGUUGCACAUCACCACAAAGCAUGAGGCUGCAAAGUUUACUUGCCUGCAGUGUGAUCGAUCAUUCAAGUGGCGGCAGAGUUAUGGAAAGCACAUGGCCAUCUUUCAUAGCAACACAGACAUGCAGUACGCUUGCCCCAAGUGCCCAAAACACUUCAAAACGGCUUCUGAACUGCGGCUGCACCAGGUGGCCCACAGCGAUGAGAAGAAGUACGUCUGUGACAUUUGUG